AUGGAUGGAUUUUCUGGAUAUAAUCAAAUUAAGAUGGCCAUGCAAGAUAAAGAGAAGACCACGUUUAUCACCUUAUGGGGGACCUUUUGCUACAAGGUUAUGCCCUUUGGUUUAAAGAAUGCAGGGGCAACCUAUCAGAGAGCCAUGGUAACGUUAUUCCAUGACUUGAUGCAUAAGGAGAUAGAAGUAUAUGUGGACGACAUGAUUGUUAAGUCUCGGGAUGAGUAUAGCCAUGUGAUGAACUUAAGGAAGCUAUUUAAAAGGCUACGAAAAUGUAAACUAAAAUUAAAUCCAAAAAAAUGUACAUUCGGAGCUUCUUCAGGAAAAUUGUUUGGAUUUAUCGUAAGUGAGAAAGGGAUUGAGGUAGACCCAGAUAAAAUAAAAGCUAUUCGAGAAAUGCCUAGUCCCAAAACCGAAAAAGAAGUCAGGAGUUUCCUAGGCCAAUUAAACUACAUAGCUCGAUUUAUAUCUCAGUUGAAUGCUACUUGUAAGCCCAUAUUUAAGCUGCUGAAGAAGGAUAACCCAGAAAAAUGGAGUGAAGAUUGUCAAAAAGCUUUUGAGAAAAUAAAAGAAUAUCUAUUGAACCCUCCAGUUUUGGUUCCCCCUGUACCUGGAAGGCCUCUUAUAUUGUACUUAGUAGUAUCAGAGAAUUCCAUGGGGUGUGUGUUAGGACAACACGAUGAGUCUGGAAGAAAGGAGCACGCCAUCUAUUAUCUAAGAAAAAAGUUCACAGCAUACGAAUCUAGGUACUCUAACCUGGAAAAGACGUGUUGCGCUUUGGUGUGGGUGGUUAGUAGAUUAAGGCAAUACACGCUAUAUUACACAACAUGGCUGAUUUCUAAAAUGGAUCCAAUUAAGUAUGUUUUCGAGAAACCUGCAGUAAUAGGACGGAUGGCUCGUUGGCAAAUGCUGUUGACUGAAUAUGAUAUUAGAUAUGUAACGAGAAAAGCCAUCAAAGGGAGCAUUAUAGCAGAAUAUUUGGCUGAUAGGGCCAUUAAUGAUUACCAAUCCAUGGAGUUUGACUUCUCGGAUCAAGAUAUUGAUUCAAUUGAUCAAGAAAAGGAAGGUAAUGUUGGGUGGAUGAUGCUAUUUGAUGGGGCAACCAACGCAGCUAUUGACCGAGGCAUUAAAAAAUUGAUUGUAAAAGGAGAUUCCGCUUUGCUAAUUUAUCAGUUGACUGGAAAGUGGGAAACCCGGGAUUCCAAAUUAAUACCAUAUCAGGAGUUCAUUCAGGAAAUGAUGGAGGAAUUCGAUACUAUCAAUUUUUCGCAUUUACCGAGAGAGAGUAACUUAAUCCCUGAUGCGCUAGCAACAUUGGCGGCUUUAUUUAAGGUUGAGUCCGGAAUAGAGAUUGAACCCAUUCGAAUAAGGAUGCAUAGGGAGCCAGCAUAUUGUAUAAUGACGGAAGAAGCUGAUGGAAAGCCAUGGUUUCAUGAUAUCAAAACAUACAUUCAAUGGAAGGAGUAUCCCAUAGGAGCCUCUAAUAACGACCGGAAGACAAUUAGGAGGCUAGCUAUGGGAUUCUUCUUAGAUGGGGAGAUAUUGUAUAAAAGGAACCAUGAUAUGACCCUCCUACGGUGCGUGGAGUUGCAAGAGGCAAGACAAAUCAUACAGGAAGUACACGACGGCGUUUGUGGGACCCAUGCGGGAGGUCACUCGUAUGGGAUCCCAGAAAGGAUAAUAUCAGACAAUGCCAAAAACUUGAACAACGAGGUCAUGACAAAAUUGUGCAGUCAGUUCAAGGUCAAACAUCAUAAUUCAGCCCCCUAUCGACCUCAAAUGAAUGGAGCAGUGGAAGCAGCCAAUAAGAACAUCAAGAGCAUCUUGGAAAAAAUGACAGAGACCUAUAGAGAUUGGCAUGAGAAGUUACCUUUCGCUUUAUUGGCCUAUCGAACCACUGUUCGAACAUCUACAGGGGCUACCCCUUUCUCUUUGGUGUACGGAAUGGAGGCCGUAAUUCCGAUAGAAGUUGAGAUUCCAUCGUUACGAGUCUUAAAAGAAGCAGAGUUAACCGAAGCAGAAUGGGUGCAAUCUAGAUAUGACCAGUUGAAUCUAAUUGAAGAAAAAAGGUUGACAGCUAUAGUUCAUGGGCAGUUGUACCAAAGGAGAAUGAUGAGAGCUUUUAACAAGAAAUCAAAUCAAUCAUCUCCAGGAUUGGAUGAAUUAAGAAAAUUGAGCCAAGAUCAGUUACAGAACUAUUCAAAUGUGGCAAGUAUCAAAAACAUGGCCAAGAUGAAAGAUGAGGUUAUUGAUCACAGACGCACUGGGGAACAGAUUCAGGCAUUUCCUUCAUUCAUUACCAUAUAUUUCAUGCAUUACAUAUAUCCCCACGAUCUGGCGCCACAGUAG